GUGAGAAAACAGAUACAAUGUUUGUUGGAGAUGAAUAUUGUAAUCGAGGUGUUUAAUUUGUUUUUAGAAUACUUAAUAAGUAAUACUUUUAGGUCACGGGUGCCUUUGACUUUUUAAAUUUCGUAUCGGUUGAAUUUUACGUUCCAUGAAUAUUUUCGACAUUACUAUGGACUUACAUAACCACAAAAGUUCGGUAGUUCGAAACAUAGAAUAUUCUAUAGUUCGAAAACUGACAUUACCGCAAAUUAGAUCGAUUUUUACGUUGUUAUUCAUAAUUAAUUAUUUUACUAAUACUUUUGUAUAUUCCGCCACAAAUAUGUCCAUCAAUCCAGUUGUUAUAUCUUCAUCUGUUAAACAAACGGCAACUGUAAGUAUAUUAUUACACAUCUAUAAAUUAUAAUAGUUUUAAUAUUCGAUUUCGUUGAACAUAAUAAAAAAAAAAAAUAACAAUGAAUAGGUACCUAAGAAGUUUCUGCAAUUGUAUAGUUGUUAUGUAUGUAUAUUAAAGCGUAGGUCUUUGCUAUUGUGUAUACCUACGAUAAUUAUUGUGUAAAAAUUACAUCUAAUGAUCUAUGUGUUUUAUAUUUCCUUAUUUAAAAAAAAGUUUUAUUCUGGAAAUUUAAAAUUGUUACUAUUAUAAAAUAUGUUAUGGAUAAGUAUAUUGUAUAUUAUUUGUAUAUAUACAAAAUAUUAUUGUAAUGUAUUAUAUUAUAAUUUUACUAAAAAUGAAAUACCUAUAAUUCUUAUUUUUAUUAUUUAGGUCAUAUUUCUUCAUGGUCUUGGAGAUUCAGGGUACGUCAUUUGUUUUUUACAAUUUAUUUAGCUUACAGAUAACUUUUUUUUAAAAUUUAAUAUCAAUAGUUCAUUUGGUUAAAUUAUUUUAAUUUUCAAUGUUAAAAAUAACAAUUUGUAUAGUAAUACAUUUACUUCAUCAAUAUUUAUUUAUUUAAUUAUUUAUUUAUUUUGUGUUUUUGUUAUUAAAGGUUUCAUCAAAUAUCGGUAUGCUGUUAGAUAUACAUACUUACUUAAACUUUAGUUUCCAAUUUUAUUUUGAGUUAAAAUUAUUUUUAAUAUCAAGACUUUUUUUUUAUUAUUUGUUUAAUAAUAAUUUGUAUGAUAAUUAUCUAUUUUAAUUUUUGAUUUUUAGAAAUGGUUGGGCGGAAGCAAUGACUCAAAUAAGACAGCCAUAUAUGAAAAUAGUAUGCCCAUCUGCGUAAGUUUUAUUUAAUUAAUAUUGUUGCAUGAUUUUAUGUUAGUGUAAUAUUUAUAGGAGUCCAUUGGCAGUAAGUCUAAACCAAGGUUUUCGUAUGCCUUCAUGGUUCGACUUAUUUACAUUAGACGAAUCGGGUCCAGAAGAUGAACGUGGAAUCAAAGAAGCUGCUCAAUUAGUGCAUUCGCUUAUUGAUAAUGAGAUAGCGAAUUCAAAUGUACCAUCAGAUCGUAUUGCCCUUGGAGGUUUUUCCCAAGGUGGAGCUCUUGCUUUGUAUUCAGCUUUUACUUAUAAGAAACCAUUAGCUGGAGUUAUGGCUUUAUCGUGUUGGAUACCAUUACGUAAAACAUUUCCAGCUGUAAGAAUUAAUUGCUUUAUAUUAAUGUAAGAGUGUUAAUAUAAUUUAUUUUCAUAAUUUAGGCUGCUAUUGGCAAUAAAGAUAUACCAAUAAUUCAGUGCCAUGGAGAUUGUGAUCCAAUUGUGCCUUUAAAAUGGGGUCAAUUAUCAGCAUCCAUUCUUAAGUCUUUUUCAAAAAAUACUGAAUUGAAAACAUACAGCGGUUUAAUGCACAGUUCAUCUGAGACGGUAUGCAUCUGUAUUAAAUAAUUAUAAUUUGUUCUCAUUUAAAUUCUUAAUACUAACUAGUUAAAAUUAGAAUAUAUGGAAAAAACUAAAUUUUAAAUUAUAUACAAAUAAAGGUUUAUAAAAAAAUCGUAUGAUAUACUAAGUAAAUAUUUACAACAUUUAUUUCUUAAAGGGCCAGUUUUCCAAAUUUUCUUUUAUUUUGUAAAAUGUGAAAAUUGUUUUCAAUAUUAUAAUUACUACCUUAAACAUUUUUUCACUAAUUUACUACCCAAUACUCAUUUGGAGGUAAGGGAUAUUAUAAUAUAAAAGAAGGGGUAGUUUUUAUGGACAAAAAUAACUGGAAAUAGAGAUUACUCAUUAUCGAGAGAAAAUUUGGUUAAAUGAUAGACAUGUACAUAUCCUAGACAUGAUCUCCAUAGGGUAUAAACACAGGGUUUAUCCUGUGAUUACCUUGCAAACCUGAAAAUAUCAGAGAAUUUAAAAUGUGAUGGAAAUUAUGGGAAAGAAGAAAAAAAUAUUUAUAUUUUAAAAUCACUUAUAGUUAUAUAUAACUGUGUAUACCUAUGUUUUAUCAAACUUUAUUAAAUGACAAAAAUAAAUUAUCUGAUUAUGAUUAAUGCCAAAAAAAUUUGCACAUUUAAGAGCUUUAAUUUAUUGUUUUUAACUGCACCGAUUCAACGAAUAAUGUGCAAUAUGGAUUAGAGUUACAGGUAGAGGUAGAGUAAAAUUAAAAUGCAGUCAACUAAUGUAGUACAUAACAGAAAACUAAUUUAUAUUUACUCUAAACAUAAUAGUACAUCUAGUUCUAGAUAGUUCUGGACAAUCAAUACAACCAUUUACAAGUUAAAAUAAAAAUUUGAAAUAAUCUAUUUUUCUUUCUAUUGAUAAAUCAACAAUGACAAAUUAAAUUAAAUAUUAAACAAAUUAAAUAAUGGCUGGUAAGGAGAUAGUGGCUCAUAAGUGGUAUCACAUUUGAAGGCUUAAAAACAUAGGAAGCAAUUUUGAACAUUAUCUAAGCCAGUGGUUUUCAACCUUUUUUAAAUUGCGACUCCCAUUUUUAUUUUUUUUGUAAUGCGACCCCUUCAAAAAAAAAAAUGUUUUAUUCAUCAAAAUUUGAUUUAAUUACUGAUAAAAUAUUGUACAUAGUUAAAUGCAUGGUAUACAAUUUUGAUUAAUUAACAUUUAAAAAUCAAUUAUUUUAUUAUAAAUAAAUUCAUAAAUUCUGAAAAACCUGAAAACAUUUCAAAGUUUUCAUUAUUUAUAUAAUUUAUCCAUAAACGUUUUUUUUUUUUUUUUAAAGCAUCGAUUUUAUUGGAGAGAAUUAUAUUUAUAAUUUUAUAAAUUAUAUUUGUGUUUUUACCUUGAAGACUUAAAUUUAGAUUAUUUAACUUUUCAAAAAUAUUGUCAAGGUCACUUAAAAUUGCUAACCAUUUUUCAUUUAAGAAGUGUUCUGCGACUGUAUUUUUAUGUUCAAGAAGAAAAAUUUGUAUUUCAUCUUUAAGAUCAAAAAUUCUUAAUAAUAUUUUACCACGGGAAAACCACCUAACUUCAGUAUGAAGUGUAGUAGUUUUGUAUGAUCAGAUUCCAUUUCGUUACUGAGUAUCGUAAAUAAUCUAGAAUUUAGUGCUUUUUGCAUCUUGUAGUACUUUAUUGACAAAUGGUUCAAGCUUUUAGUUACUAAAGCUUCCCUAUGAAUCAAAAUGAGUAAAUAGUAUACUUAGUGAAAUUUCAUUAACUUUAGCUUUAAAGCCUUUCUUUGACUUAGAAAAAUGCUUACCUUUUUCUUUAAUAAAAAUAAAUCUAAAUUGUAUAUACUGAUCUUGAUAUUUACGUUCUUUUUUUUGGUUCUCAAAAUUGAAAGUUUUUUUUUCUUCCAAUUCCUCGUUGAUAGGUUGAUUCGUUGUAGUUUCCGAUUGUUUACGUUUUUUAUUAUCAUUUGCACUUUCACAACUAUUAGUAGUUGAAGGUCGUUUAAUUAAAAAAUUUUCCAUUUUAAAACAUACUAUCAUAAAACAAACCUAUCAUUCGCAACCCCCAGGUUGAAAACCACUGAUUAAAGCAGUGAAUUUGAUAUUUUAUGUAAGGGGUCAAACCACAGAAUUGUAUUCUAAUUUCACUCAGACUUAGUAAAAUAAACUUUUUAAAGCAAUUAACAACGGGAUCAGUGAAGUCUUUAGAGUUCUUUAUUAUAAAGCCUAAUAUCAUAGUAAAUUUACUAGUUGUAUGUAAUAAGUGUUAAUUAAAAGAAAGAGUGUAAUCAAAUAUUACACCUAGAUCACUUAUGUCAUAAACUUGUGUUAAUGAAGAAUUAUUUAUAUGGUAAGAAUGGAGAAGUGAAAUACAAGACCUAGAAAAUAUUACUUAACACUUAAAUAUUUAGAGGUAAUUUGUUAUCUGUACACCAAUUUGACAAAAUAUUAAAAUCAUUUUGUAAAUGUGAUGCGUUGUUAAAUUAAUUUACUGAUCGUGAUCUCGAAUGUAAAAAAUUGAGGUAUAUAUAUAGAUGACAUAUGUAGUAUCUCAUAGUAAAUAAUCUGGAAAAUCAAGGAAUUUUGAAAUCUAGAACAUUCAUUUUCACAUAACAAGACUGGCCAAUUAUUUCUAAAUAUAUUAAUUUUUGACAUAAUUCUUUAAUAUUACUUUUAAUAAGCUGAUAUUUAAUAUUUUAAUUUAAAUUUAAGUAUACAAUUUUUUAUUUUGCAGGAAUUAUUGGAUCUUCAGAAAUUCCUGAAAACAGUCCUCCCUCCAGUGUGAUUCAUCUUUCAUAUAUAUAUACAUACAUAUAAUAAUAUAUAUUGUUGACGCACCUAGCAUGUGAAUUUAAUAUACUUUUUUGUAGUAUACUUCAUUGUAUGUUUCAUAUAUAAUAAUAUAUUAUGGUACUUUUAUUGUUGCAUUUAGGGUAAAUAUUAUUAAAAUUGGUUUGUAUACAUCUAUUACUGUCUUAAACAUUACUUAUUACUUAUAUUAAAUAGUGAACACACAAUAGGUAUAAUGUACUUAAUGAAUAUAUUAAAUUCAUUUUAUUGUUUAUAUUAUAUUAGGUGUGUAGCUAUAAAUACAUAUAUAUAUAUAUAUAUAUAUAUAUAUAUAUAUAUAUAUAUAUAUAUAUAUAUAUAUAUAUAAAUAUAUAUACAUGUUUUAUUAGAUUUUAAUUUAUACUUUUUGUUUUUUAUAGGUAUGUAAAAUAGUAUACAUUAAUACAAAUCCAAUAAAAUAUUAUAAAGUUAACUAAGAAAAAAAUGUUUUAUAUAACAGCAAAACAAAAUUAAAUAUUGUAUUAGAUCACUAAUAGA